GUGAUUUGAUUUACAACCAAAUGGAUAGUGAUGGAUGCAGAUUUUAUGCCAUCUGUAGUGCAACAUGUACGGUUGAACGACACAGUGUCGAUUGUAACGUUACUACUCCUCUACCCAGUACUUCCCCUGAAUGGUCUACUGUAACAUCAGUUCCUGUGCCUACCACUUCUGGAAGAGUUCCUUUUCAUGGUUGUGUUUCUAGUACUUACCCUCCUCUACAGCCUGGACAAAGAUACAAAUUAUCCAACUGUACAGAACUCAUCUGUAAGGGAGACAACAAGGUAGAAGUAAUUCCAACACAUUGCCCACCUGUAAAGGAAAUUACCUGUGCGAACAAAUAUCCACCAAUACUGGUCCCUGAUGAAAAUGGCUGCUGUUACCAUUAUGAAUGUCAAUGUGUGUGCAGUGGAUGGGGUGAUCCUCAUUAUAUUACUUUUGAUGGAACCUACUAUACUUUCCUUGAAAAUUGCACUUACGUCCUGGUGAAACAGAUUGUACCUAAAUAUGACAACUUCCGUGUUUAUAUUGACAAUUAUUACUGUGAUGCAAAAGAUGGACUUUCCUGCCCUAAAUCCAUUAUUAUUUUCUACAAAUCUGCAGAAGUGGUGCUGACCCGUAAACUCAUGAAUGGUGUGAUGACCAAUGUGAUGUACUUCAACAAAAAGAUUGUCAAACCAGGCUUCAAAAAAGAUGGCAUUUCUUUCUCCACACUUGGCAUCAACAUGAUUGUUGAAAUACAAGAGAUUGGUGCAACCAUCACCUUUAGUGGGCUGAUUUUCUCUGUGAAACUCCCAUACAGCAAAUUUGGCAACAACACCGAAGGACAGUGUGGAACAUGUACAAAUAAUAAAUUAGAUGAAUGCCGUUUACCAAGUGGUAAGAUCAUUUCUUCCUGUCCCCAAAUGGCUCAUCACUGGAUUGUUGGUAGCAACGAGUCAUGCCAUGGAGUACCAAUACCACCAGUUGUAACCACACCUUCACCAAAGCCUCACUGUGAAACACCUCGUCUCUGCAAGCUUAUUUGGAGCGAGAUUUUUGCAGAAUGCCAUGCCGUGAUACCACCAGAACCGUUUUUCAAAGGCUGUGUUUUUGAUGGAUGUCGCAUAGCCAAUGAAUCCAUGCAGUGUUCCAGUUUGGAGAUAUAUGCUACAGAGUGUGCUGCUAGAGGUGUCUGCAUUGACUGGAGAGGAAAGACCAACAAUACAUGCCCAUACAACUGUCCAGCAACCACGAUAUAUAGCCCAUGUGGGCCCAUUAAUCCUCCUACCUGUUACAUACAUUCCUCCCAUUCUAGCUUGGUUGAGCUUCCUGGUUAUGGAGUAACUGAAGGAUGUUUCUGUCCUGAAGGAAAGACACUCAUGAGUGAAGACAGCAACAUUUGUGUCUCUGAAUGCUCUUGUAGAGAACCAAAUGGAGCAACCAGAUGGCCAGGAGAAAAAUGGACAAAAGAUUGCCAGGAGUGCGUCUGUGACAAAAAUACUCUUCAAGUGCACUGUAGCAAACACAAAUGUUCUCUGAUGCAGCAAGUAUUCUGCGGUGAACCAGGUUACAUACCUGUUCAGAUACAGAUACCAGAAGAUCCAUGCUGUACCAGGACUGAGUGCUACUGCAACACUAGCCUCUGCCCUGAGGUCACACCCCAGUGCUUAGAGGGACAAGAAGUAAUCACAGUAAUGCAGCCUGGAAAAUGCUGUCCUACCUUUGAAUGCAGACAUGGCUGUGUAGUCAAUGAAACCUACUAUGCACCUGGAGCUGUCAUUCCAUCAGGUCCCUGUGAAGAAUGCACCUGCUCUGAAUCCUCUUACUCAAGCCUUCACCAUGCUACCAUCAAGUGCGAGCCUGUUAUCUGUGACACAUACUGCCCAGCAGGUUAUAAGUAUACAAAGGAACCUGGACAGUGCUGUGGCAUGUGCAAGGCAGCGGCUUGUAUAGUGACUGUGGGAGAAAACAUUACACGUGUGCUCCAAGUUGGAGAAUUCUGGAACGCACCUGGUGAUAACUGUACAGUUCACACAUGUGAAAAAUAUGAUGACCAGUUCAUUCAAGUUGUCUUACAGAAAAGCUGUUCUCCCUUUAACCCCGAUGACUGUGAUCCAGACGACAUCAAGCUAUCUGACGAUGGCUGCUGUAAAGAGUGCCCAGUAAAACUGAAGAGUUGUAUGAAACACAAUACUACUGCUGUCAUCAAAUAUCAUGGAUGUGUAUCUCCUGCACCUGUUGAGAUGACAUACUGUGAAGGCAGCUGUGACGCUUACUCACG